AUGAAUGACGAGAAAAGCGUCAUUAUUCUUAACCACGGACUGCAUUUUAUUACGUCAACAAACUUUUCAACAUACCGCCAAGUUAUCGAUGGUAUUGUGGAUCUGUUUAAAGCGACAAAAGUGAACGAAAAAGGAGGAAUUGAAUUGAAGUUCAAAGGGAAAAUGAUUUGGAAGACAAACGCUGCUAUCCACAGAGAAAGACUAAGAUCGCCACACAACCACAAGCGACGAUUUCUUACUCGACAGCGGGUUCAACUCUACAAUGCGUAUGCUACCUGGGCCAUGUGUAAAGCCGGUAUUGAAGUACUUGAUGUGUACCCACUCACCGCGUCUUUCCCUAACGGGACUGAUAAUAGCGUGGAUCCGUUCGAUAGCGUGCAUUACAAAGACUUGGUCUUCAAACCCGCGGAGGACAUCUUGCUAGAGUACUUUAGUCCCUGGUGGAACGAAGUCAAUCACACAAGCAGACUGACGUAGAAAAUAAACUUAAAGAAAUUAUUUCGUGUAAGACAUACAGCCGUAAUACCAUACUUUCUUUUUGGGUUAAUGCAAAUCAUACAAUACGGUCAAGCCUGAAAACAUUUUUCUCCGAUUCUUUUGCUUUUGUUUUUUUGUAAAACUGUUAUUACAAAAUGGAAUGGCUUUACAGGGGAGAGUGAAGAAGGCAAGAGGUUAAGGUACAAAAUAAGUUGUACGGUUAAACAGCUGCUGAAGGCGUGGUGGCCUAUGCUAAUGUCGGCGCGCUGGAUCCCAAUCACAGUAAAAAGGAUUCGAAUUUCUUGAACAAAUUGGAGUGCAACUACAGAAAAAAUCGCGACGGUUUUCAACCUUACUUUGCUCUCAGUUUAUUACCAAAUAUUAUACAAUCCCGCUUCACACUAAAAACAGCUGAGUAUAGUUAGAACAUUCAUGGUUGUGAAAUAUAGUUAUCCAUGAGUAUAAUUGUAAAUUUCCCAGAUAUUUAGAUUUUAAACUCUGUUAACUAAAAUUACUGCAAACUACCGUUGGCCUGUUUAGCUAGCCUUACUGAAUCGAAUAAAAGACAGUUUGAGGCUAUUUUCGCUGUCAGAAGUUUACUCAAUUGUUCGAC